ACAACGCAAGUCGCAAACUGUUCAAAAGUAAAAUUUUAAGGAUUUUUUACGAUCUUUUUAUUCGAAUCAUGGAUUAAGUUUAUAAAAGUUUUGUUUUAUAUUACUAUUAACCUAAAUCUGGAGCUGCCAUUUUUUUAAAUAGUCAUUACCACCGUUCGCCGGAGUUUCGUGUUAGCCAUGCAAGUAACGUAAACAAAGAAUAAACUAUGCGUGUGGUAUUGUGCUAAACGUGGAUGGGAGGGUCGGUAACAGUUUUGAAAAGUUUUAUGGGCAGGAAGUUCCUUCAGAGGGUCAAAAUGAACGGAGUGAGCCGCGACGCCCCCGUGGGGAUCCAGUGUCUACAGAAGCUGUGCCCGCGGCUACAAAUUAACAGAUUACGAUGGUAUCAAGCAAGUGUACUGGUGCUGACAUACUUCACAUACAUGACAUAUCACUUGACAAGGAAGCCUAUAUCGGUGGUGAAGAAUGUGCUGCACCAGAACUGCAGCGGAUUUACUCCUCCAUCAAAUGUGCCACCGGGAGAUGAUGAGUGGUGUAACUGGGCACCUUUUAACACACCAGAGGCCAAAUCAUUGUUGGGGACAUUGGAUUCCGCGUUUCUGUUUUCAUAUGCAGGCGCCAUGUUUUUAUCAGGCAUGGUGGCUGAACGAGUGGACCUGCGAUAUUUCCUGUCACUGGGCAUGAUGAUCUCCGCUAUCAUGUGCUACCUGUUCGGCCUGGGCAAAACACUCAACAUACAUCACAUCGCCUUCUAUCUGAUUGUUCAGGCGGGCGCGGGCGUCGCUCAGACGACGGGGUGGCCGGGCACCGUCGCCAUCGUGGGCAAGUGGUUCGGCAACACCAAGAAGGGCCUCAUCUUCGGCAUAUGGAAUUCGCACACCUCGCUUGGGAAUAUUUUGGGCACUGUCCUGGCGGCGGAGUACGUGGAGUCGGACUGGGCGCUGUCGUUCGUGUACCCGGCGCUGGUGAUGGGCGGCGUGGCCUUCAUCGUGUUCCUGUUCCUCGCGCCGGAGCCCCGACACGUGGGCCUGCAGCUCGACCGCGCCUCCCCCAGCCGACAGUCGAACAGAUCUGACGACGAGGAGGAGCCGUCGCAGGUGAUAGUGGGCGACCAGGCGGCGAGCUUGCGGCCGUCGCGCCACUCCGCUAACACGCAGCAUCAACAAGACGACGCCACAGAGGAGACUGCGCUGCUGUCGCGUCGCUCGUCUCGCUCGCACACUGGCGCCAUCUCACUCAGUCGCGCGUUCACCAUCCCCGGCGUGGUGGAGUUCUCCCUGUCUCUGUUCUUCGCGAAACUCGUCAGCUAUACGUUCCUAUACUGGCUGCCGUCGUAUAUUAAUUCGUCGACGACGCUGACGCCGCGUCAGUCGGGCGAGCUGUCUACGGCGUUCGACGUGGGCGGCGUGGUGGGCGCGGCGCUGGCGGGCCUGCUGGCCGACGCCGCCGCCUGCCCCGCCCUCGUCUGCACCGGCUUCUACGCCCUCUGCGCACCCACUCUGCUGGCGUACCUGUGGUGGGGCGCGAGCUCGUACGGCGCGAGCGUGGCGCUGCUGGUGGCGGCCGGCGUGCUCGUCAACGGGCCCUACGCGCUCAUCACCACCGCCGUCAGCGCUGACCUCGGUACUCACAGCAGCCUGGCGGGCGACGCGCAGGCGCUGGCGACCGUCACCGCCAUCAUUGACGGCACGGGCAGCAUCGGCGCGGCGGUGGGUCCGUCGAUAGCGGGCGUGAUGGCGGGCCAGAGCUGGAGCGUGGUGUUCUACAUGCUCAUAGCCUGCGACUUCAUGGCGCUCAUACUGCUCCUCAGGAUAGCCAAGUCCGAGGUGGUUCACUUGCGACGCGAGCGACGGUUGGCGUCGCCGCGCGUCGUGCGCAUCGAGUGAGACAGUAUUAUGAGACACAACACCACAACGGCAUUGCAAUGAAUGAGGUCGCUGCUUCGAAUUUUGCCUUAAGCGGACACCACCUCCGACGACGCUUGAGCUUCGAGGCAGCGGCCUAACGUCUGAUAAACUCUUACCUAAAUAGUAAAUACCCUCGUGUU